AUGUCACGAAACAUGUGUUCCUUUGCCGCACCAAAUCCCUCAUUUAAUCAAAAAUCAACCAAAGAUCCAAAUUUCGAAACUUUUUAUUUUGCAUAUCGCAAUUUCCACAAAUUUUACUGCUUUCUUUCGUUGUUGUGUCUGAAUCUCCAAGAAGAAAGAGUUUUGUCUUAAAGAGGAUUCUGCUUUUACCCAAAUUGGGUGUUCUUUUUCGAAGUUUCUGCGAAUUAGGGUUUCCGCGAGGACUCUGUUCAAAUCGAGCUGUGUGGACUUGUUUGAGCUUGGUGAAUUCCACGGGUUUAUUUGGUCUAGAGGACGAGGAAUGUUUUAUUCGCAGUUUAUAUUAGCUAAGAAAGGGCCACUUGGGACAAUAUGGAUUGCUGCCCAUUUGGAGAGGAAGCUUCGAAAGAAUCAGGUCGCUGAUACUGAUAUUGGAGUCUCCGUUGAUUCUAUUCUCUUUCCGGAAGCUCCAAUUGCAUUGCGAUUGUCUAGUCAUCUUCUGCUCGGUGUUGUGCGUAUAUAUUCGAGAAAGGUGAAUUACCUCUUCGAUGAUUGCAGUGAGGCAUUGCUUAAGGUGAAGCAAGCUUUUCGCUCUGCUGCUGUUGACCUACCCCCUGAAGAAUCUACAGCGCCAUAUCACUCAAUUACGUUGCCUGAGACAUUUGAUCUUGAUGACUUUGAGCUUCCAGACAAUGAGAUCUUUCAGGGUAAUUACGUCGAUCAUCAUGUUAGUACAAGAGAGCAGAUCACCCUUCAGGAUACCAUGGAUGGUGUUGUAUACUCAACGUCACAAUUUGGAUUAGAUGAGCGAUUUGGUGAUGGUGACACUUCUCAAGCUGCUUUGGAUCUUGAUGAGGCAGUAUUCCAGGAUAAGGAUGUUAUUGGAUCCGACGAUGAGGGAGUUCCUGGUAAUGAUCACAAUGUGUAUCUGGAUGCGGCAACACCCGGGAUAAAGGAUUCGAUGGAAGGAGUCUCUGAAGCCAUGCCCAGGGAUUUUAAUGAAGAGCAGGUUGAAGAUCUUGCUAUGAAUAAUGAGUUCAUCGAAGAUGCUCAAGCUCCUCAGACUCCUGGAUUAGUUGAGGUGCCAAACUCGUCUAGUGUCAGAGAGCAGCUGGCAUGCGAUGAUCACAUGGAGGUAGAGGAUCUGAAUGCAGAAGAAGGUAAAAAGGCCUCUGGGGAGCUGGAUGCUAAUGAGAUGCAUAAACGUGGGGAAGACCUGUCUUCUGAAUAUAAUGCCCCAGAAUCAGCAGUUACUCCUGUGGAGGUAGAUAAGUCACAGAUAGAUGAAAAUGUCAACACACAAAAUGAGCCAGAGGAGGAGAGGGCAGAGCAUGUACAUGUUACAUCUCCAUGUUGUUCUCACAUCACCACCGAGAUGGAGGAUCCUGGUCAAGUAAUGACUGAGGCAGGAACUAAUGUUAAUAAUGGUGUAACUGAUAAGUCCGAUGCUGUUCCUCCACUUGAAUCUUCUGGAGAAGAGAACCGAGAUCAUUUUGCCAUUGCCACUGAGGUCAAUCAGGAAACAGAUUCUAGUUUACAAGGAAAUGAGCAAGCGUACAGUAGACCAGAUGGGCAGCUGAAUAAUGCACACGUAACUGAUGAACAGUUGGGAAAUUUGACUGGAUUUACUGAUUCUGAUUUGCCAGCACCUGAGAAGGUAUUAGUUGCACCUAACAGACAGGGGGAUGAAAAUGAUUUCAUGGUUGAAUCUACGCCAGAUAAAGAAGACCCUGGCACAUGUAAUGAUGAUGCGGGGAAUAAUAACAUUACUGGGAAAAAACGCACUUUUACUGAGAGCACACUAACUGCAGAAAGUUUGAACUCUGUGGAGUCAGUUGGACUGAUUCAGUCAAAGAGAACUGCAGAUUCUGUCCCUGAUGACGAUGAUUUGUUGUCUUCUAUCUUAGUUGGAAAGUCAUCCUUUCUGAAGAUGAGGCCUACGCCUGUGCUUGAACCAGCAUCUACAAAACGGUUACGAGCUGCUCCCCGCUCUACUGCUACAAAGAGGAAGGUUUUGAUGGAUGACCCUAUGGUCUUGCAUGGCGACAUUAUACGUCAACAACUGACAAACACUGAAGAUAUACGCCGGGUGCGAAAGAAGGCACCUUGCACCAUUCCUGAGAUCGUAAUGCUUCAAAGGCAGGCUUUGGAGGAUGGACUCUUAAAGGAGCCAAUAUUCACGGGUAUGUCAGUGGAAUUAGUAUCUCUGCACAAUGAGCCGUAUGAUCUAAGAGGAAUCAUGAUAAUUGAGAAUGAUGACCAUCAUGCUUCUGUUGGAGUGGUGGAAGAUAAUGAAUGUUCUGUUACAGCCGUGGAAGAAAACUCUGCUCCUCAACCUCACCCUAAUGAUUCCGAGGAGCAACCUGGUACAGCUCAUACUCACCCACAGGAGGAACAAAUCAUAAACCAACAGGAAGAGAUGAAAGAUGAUAAUGAGCUUGCUGAAAAAAUAUCUGACUUGGAAGUUUUGAAGGACGGCAAUGGAGCUGCUGAUGAAGUGAAUCUUGUAGUGAGUGACGAUGUCAGUCAAAUGCCGUCUGAGGAAAAACUUGACAGUGUAGAGGAUUUACAGGUGGAAGGAUCCUAUGAAAACCAUGACGGAGAAGGGGGUCAGGAUGUUUGUGGGGAUGUUAAUGAAAAAGGUCGCAGGGACGUUAUUGAAAUUGCUGAAGGCGAUAUAGAUAACAACCCCAUUUUCAAUGACUCGGACUUGAAAGUUGAAGAUGAACUUCCACAUGAAGAUAAGAAAACGGAUGCAUCAGCUGAAGUUAGCGAGAUUGGGAUAGACGAUCAGACUCCAUGCGAUAACACAGUUGGCUCCACUGAAACUGGAUGCGUAGAAGCUGGUGAUUUGAGUAACAUGGCUUUGGAAAAUUGCAAUGAACCUCUUGUGGAAGCGAAUAAUGAUGGGAUGAAUCCAGAGAUAGAGUCUUAUAACAAAUACGAACCGCAUAAUGAGAUGUCUAAUGAUGAGGCUUACAUGCAAAGUGCACUAGAUGGAGAACAUACUUCUCGUGAUGGUCUUAUGGGAGACAAUGAUGAAAUGGAUACCAUGGAAGUUGCACAUGACACAGAGUUUUUGAACGUGGAUGAUGAUGAAGUAGAUGAAGAUCAUGAGGACGAUGACAUACAAUAUGGUGACGAAACUCGUCUUCUAGAGAACAGUGGAUGGUCUUCUCGUACUAGGGCUGUGGCAAAGUAUCUCCAGACGUUAUUUGAUAAAGAAGCUGAGAAUGGGAAGAAUGUUCUUGUGGCAGACAAACUAUUAGCUGGGAAAACCCGUAAAGAAGCAUCGAGAAUGUUUUUCGAAACCCUGGUUCUUAAAACAAGAGAUUACAUCCAAGUUGAACAAGCGAAGCCCUAUGAAAGCAUCAUCAUAAAACCACGACCAAAACUCACCAAAUCCAUCUUCUAGAUGGAGAAGAUCAGUCUUAGAUAGGUAGUUUGGUGCAAUCCGAAAAUAUCAUCCGAAAUGAUUCUACUUCUCCAAAGUUAAUACACUUCCCUUUUUAAGGCAAUGUAGUAGUAAUAGUAUCAACGGUGUUGUAGACCAUCUAAGUAGCUGGAGAUUGGUGUUUGUCAUUAUUUUUACCUUUAUAUAUAUAUAUGAGUUGUUGUAUGUUUAUAUAUUGGUGUAACCAUGAGCACCAAGUUUAAAUUUGAGAGAUGCUAAUUUUAUUUUCUUUGGAUAA